AUGAAACACCAAGACCUCAACCUCCACAGAAGCAACAGCACUACUUCCAUCGCAAGAAGCUCAUCAAGAAAGAUCAUCCCAUCAAACCACUUCAGAUCCUCAUCGUCCACUCUCCCACUUGAUCAUCAUCAUCAUCAUCAUCAAAACGAAGACGUCUCCAACAACUUCUUGAUUCCGAAGCAGCACUCCCCAGUCUCCAUCCACCAACUCUCCAAAACCCAAACCAAGCUCACCUCACUCCUCCGCUCUUUUCUCAGCUUCCUCUCCUUCCCCACCAUUAUCCCAACUUGCAAGUGGCUUGCCAUCCCCUCCGGCCUCUCCAUCACUCCCUCCCUGGGCAGAAAAGUCACCGGGACGCUCUUCGGGAACCGCCGUGGCCAUGUCAGCUUCGCCGUCCAGCUGGAUCCCAGUUCGGAGCCCGUUUUGCUUCUCGAGCUUGCCAUGUCAACAUCUUCACUCGUCAAGGAGAUGUCUUCCGGACUCGUCCGCAUUGCUCUCGAGUCCGAAAGGCAUCAUGGUUCCAGCCGUACGGGUAUCCACGGCCGUAAACUGUUUCAGGAGCCUUCCUGGACCAUGUAUUGCAACGGGAGGAAGUGCGGCUACGCAGGGUCUCGUACGUGCGGGGAGUCCGACUGGCACGUGUUGACUACUGUUCGGAGCGUGUCAGUCGGAGCAGGCGUGAUUCCAGUGGUGGAUGACGGGAAAAAGGGUAGCUCUUCAGAAGGCGAGUUGCUUUACAUGAGGGCUAGGUUUGAAAGAGUUGUGGGAAGCCGAGACUCGGAGGCCUUUUACAUGUUGAACCCAGAAGGCAAUGGAGGUCCUGAACUCAGUAUUUUUCUUGAUAUAGAAACAUCAUGA